AUGUCAACACAACUACUCCCCUACGCCGUGGGGCUCCUACUAGCCUGGCCAGUGGUGACAAUAUCACUCCGAUUCCAGCGACUACGCAAGCUGCAGAAGAAAUAUGACUAUCCCACGCGCGAGUCAUUGGCCAAAAUGACCGACGAAGAGGCCUUCGAGAUCCAGAAACAAACCGCCCAGCUAGAAUUCCCCUUCAUGUUUAUCAAAAGUCUGCAAUUUGCUUUAUUCCGAACCUACGGCAUCCCCACAAUCUCAGGCCUACUCACGAAAACAAGCCAAUUCUCCAACCCUGAAACUUCACUGAAGCGAUACACCGACACCAGCGUGCUCAUCCAAGAAAUUGUCGGCAACAGCCCGGUCUCAGCGCGCGCAUAUAUGGGUCUCGCUCGCACCCGUUUCCUACACAGCGGGUACCGAUCUUCAGGCAAGAUUCUUGACGAUGAUAUGCUCUUCACGCUGGCGUUAUUCGCUCUGCAACCGAUCCACUUCAUUAACAAAUACGAGUGGCGCGCGCUGAGCGAUCUGGAGCGGUGUGCUAUUGGCACGUUCUGGAAGAGUGUAGGGGAUGGACUCGAUGUCAGUUUCGAGAAAUUGCCAUCCGGGAAGACCGGAUUCCAGGAUGGAAUCCAGUGGCUCGAUGAGAUCGAGGCUUGGAGCGAGGAGUAUGAAGCGAAGUAUAUGGUUCCUCAUAUCAAGAAUCGCGAGACGGCGGAUCAGACGACAGCGGUUUUGGUUUACAUGCUACCGAAGGUGUUGCACCCGAUUGGGUUACAGUUUGUUUCGUAUAUGAUGGAUGACAGGCUGCGAAAGGCGAUGUACUUCGAUCCUCCUUCCAGCUUCUGUGCAUCCAUUUUCUCGGCUGUGCUCACAGUACGCAAGCUCUUCCUUCGCUAUCUAGCGCCGCCACGACCUUACUUCCUGCGCUUCUCGUCGUUCACCGAGAAAGCUGAUCAAAACGAACGCUACUUCAUCACCAAGUGGGAUGCUGCGCCGUAUUAUGUCAAGCCCACGUUUUGGAACCGCUGGGGUCCAACCGCAUGGCUGACUUGGGCACUGGGCCGGCCUGUACCUGGUGAUGAGGGGAAUAAGUACUAUCCCACCGGUUACAAUAUUCCAGAUGUUGGACCGAAGUAUUUCGAAGGGAAAGGGAAGAAGCAUUUGGAUGAGACUUUGGAGGAACUAAAGGGAUAUCGGACUGGGAAGUGUCCUUUCCAUUGA